AGGGUAUCGUUAUGGAGCGGUAGUAGCAUUGGAUGAGAGGGUGACUAUAGGUGAUUAUUUGGGUGAAGGUGAUCUUCUAUUGGGUCCGAAAGGGGGCAUGGAAGUCCUGUAUAUUCCCUCGCGUAAGGGGUUUGUCCCUGAUUUGAAAGGGUUGAGAUGGCCAUUAUAUGCAUACAGAAUUGCAUUUGCCUAUCUGUCCAUGAAGGAUAGAUACAUCCUUAACCGGGACCAAGCCUGGUUCAAAUUGCAGUUUUUUGCAGGAGACAGGGCCAGUGACCUCUCAGUCAUUGUCACACAGGAAAUCAAGGUCCUUAACGAUAAUUCGGGGUUAGUCUUUCAACACACAUUUGGGAAAACACUGCGGGGUAGCAAGGGUAGGUCAAACACCUUCGUCAUCAAACUAUGUGAUGACAAGUUAGUCUGUCCAGUGAGAGGUCUACUAGAUUUUCUCCAGUUUGCAAAAUCUAGUGGGGUCGACCUCACAACAGGUUACCUCUUUCGAGUGGUUUCUGAUAGUGGCAGGGUCCUUGAUAAGCAUGUGAGCUAUUCAGUGGUGUAUGAAAGGCUCCGCUAUUAUCUCGUUGUGCUAGGAUUGUAUGAGGGGGAAACCCCUCAUAGUUUCAGAUCAGGAUGUGCUGUUACUAUGGCACUCUCGGGUUCAGUUGACCAUGCUGAACAAAUGAUGACUCACUUGGGUUGGUUCACUAAGGAGAGUGCAGAGUAUUACGGGCGGCUGCACACAAUGGCAGAUUCUGCAUUAGUUGCAUCAAAAAUUGGCUAAAACAACAAUGGAUGCAA